AUGACUCUCCUCUAUAGUCCUUGGGAGGUGUUUGAUGCAGUCAGUGAUCUUGGCGAUGACAUUGGAUUUCAUGGAAGCCAGGAAUCUAAGCUGGUGGGUAAACUGAAAUGCGAAAGCCUGGAUGAGAGGAACAUCAUAAUAUCCCCUCGUCUUCUGGGGACGGAGGUAAGCUGUGUCUCUGAGGAGCCUUCAGGAAGGGAUUCAUGUGGAGAGAUUCUCCUGCCUCUGAUCUCUUCCAGUAAAGCGUUGGAAGAGCUGCAGAAGCACAAGGAGACUGAUAUACCCAAUGCUAGACCUUUUCACAUGAAAUCGAGCCUGCCUGAAAACAGUCCCGCCUGUGAACAGUGCGUCGGCCAAAACUCUGGCCCCACAAGCCUCGAUAUUUCAAAAGUGAAACAGCUGAUACCUGUGACCCAGAGACUCUUCUCCCCUGCACCAGUGGAGCCAACUAAAAAAAUAACCUUUGGGAGACAGAGAGAAACCCCAGGAAUACCCCAGGGUCUCAUUUCCGCUGACCACACACCUCAGCCCUGCAAAGUGGUGUGUCUCCAGAAAAGGGCAGCCGUCGAGCUGGUGGACCCGCGCCAGGAGAGCAGCGCUGCCAGGGGCCGUCAGAGGGUCAGGUCGCACAGCGCUGAUGUUUCUGCUGAUGAAGUCAGGGCAGCCAGCCGGAGGUCAGCCAGCCUGCUUCCAGGUCACGUAGGAGCGCAAGCACGGGACAGCCGAGCCAACCGGCAGCCAGGUUGCAGGCCGGUAGCGCGCCACCGCAGCCCAGACCGUGGCCAGGGACCAGGGGGCCGAUGGUCAGGCCUGCGUUACGCUGAUUACUGGCAGUCUCUUUCCAGUGGAUUAACACACUGCCGCACUCUUCCAAGCACGCACCUCCAUCCCUGGACAAGAGGCAGUGGAGAAUCCUGCCAGGGGCAUUGUAGCACAUCCAGAUUAAUCAUUAGAAAGAGCGGUGCGAGAGAUGGAAGGGGGACCGGAGGAAGUGCAGGACACCUCACUAACAGUAACAGUGAGGCAGCUAUGCCCAAGGACAUGCGGUGUCAAUCAAGACGGUGUAAGCCAAAUCCAGAGCCCCCAGAGACUGUGCUGCAGCAGCAUCGCGAUUUCACUGUGAAACACAUACUGCAGGUUCUACAGGGAAGGUUAGCCUAUUCCACUGCUCCCAGAAACCAGAUAUAACAAUUCAAUUUCAAUUUCACCAAAUAUUGGAUGUAUGUGUAAGCACAGACUAAAACCUGAUUCUCCAUGUUAAGUUUUUUUUUUUCUUCUCUUGUCACAGCUAUGUAGGUAAAUGCUUCCAAUCUUAAUAAUAUGACUUCUGGGUUAGAAAGCAAAUAAUGUAUGCGCCGAAGGAGUGUAACAGUAAUGCAAAAAGGACAUUACGCAUGCCGUCAUAGCAACAGGCAAAGAGGGUGCCGUUCACACAGAUGCAAAACAAUGUUGCUGUAAAUAAAAAAUAAAUA